AUGAAACAUUAUUUCGAUCAAAAAGAAAAUUAUAAGGAAGAUAACGCAAUAUCUACUGAACAUGCUGCUAAAAAGAAAAGACAAUGUCGUUCCUUUGAUUUUGACUUUGAUUUUGAAGCUACUGAAAAGCUCUUGAAAAAAUAUGAAUCCUCGCAUUUGCAAGUUAACUUUACCGAAUCAAAUUCAGCUUCUGCGCCUUGCCCACUUGGCUAUCAUUUAACGAAUCAAAUGAAUCAAAGCAAGUUUAAUCCUGAAGGAUUUCAAAUAGCAAAUCAUGUUAAUGGAUUACCAGUAUACGAGGAACUUAAUAAAAAAAGGUCGCAUGUCUUGCAAACGAAAAAUUAUGAGUUUGAAAAUACGCGUCUUCCUGAUAACGGUAAAUAUCUUACCGCUACUUUAUCGUCUGGUCGACGGCUUUAUUUUCCAUUGAACAAAACAGAAAAACCUAUUGAAUACGAAGCUUCCUCAGUUGUGAACAAAAGAUUUGCAAGUAUAUCAAUAUAUAAAUUAUUGGAUAAAAUCGAAACCGAAAAGUCAAAAUCUGAUAGUUUCAAGGGUCGAUCUGAAUUGUCAAAUCGUCCAUUAAUGUCAGCUAAAACAAAAUUAUGGGUGGAUAAAUAUCAACCAACUAAUUAUUUGAAUUUGAUGGGCGAUGAGAACGUAAAUCUUCGAGUGUUAAAAUGGGUGAAACAAUGGGAUUUCUGCGUUUUCAACAAAAAGUCUGUAAUUAAGGAUGGUAGGACGAAAAUUCUGCAGCAUAAUGAUCAAUGGGAACGACCAAAGAAAAAGAUUUUGUUAUUAAUCGGGCCUCCAGGAUAUGGAAAAACUACGCUAGCGCGCGUUGUAGCACGUUCUUGUGGAUAUAAUGUCAUUGAAGUGAAUGGAAGCGAUGACUUUUCAAGCAAUAAUGUAAAAGAUCAAAUCACGAAUGCCUUGGGUUCUUUUUCAUUAGCCUCCAACAAUAAGCCGAAUCUAACUAUAAUUGAUGGAAUUGAUGGAAUUCAUGAUACCGGAGAGCAGAGUUUAAUUAAUUCGAUUGUAAAUUUGGUCGGCUCAGAAAGAAAGAACAUCAAUUUGACACGAAAGGACACAAAUAAUAGUCCUAAAAAAUCAAAAAAUAAACCAUUACUUCGUCCUAUCAUAUUUAUCUGUAACGAAUUAUAUGCGUCUUCUAUAAAUCCGCUUAGAGCUAUUGCUGAAAUAGUUCAAAUCAAGAAACCUGAUCAAGUGUCACUUGUAAAGCGAUUAAAAGAAAUUUGCGAUAAGGAGAACUUAUCUAUUGGUAUGCCAACUUUGUUCAAGUUAAUUGAAAAAUAUGAAGGUGAUAUAAGAAAAUGCAUAAAUUUUUUACAGUUUUCAAUGUACGAGUCAAAAUCAACUUCAAAAGAGGAAUUAUUAUCACAAAUUGAUGGAAAAGAAAGAAAGAAGUCAAUAUUUUACAUAUGGGAAGAAAUAUUUCAUGGGAGGAAAGGAGAAAGAAUCAAGAGCAAAGUUAUUUUUGACGAGCAUGGAAAUUUUUAUGAUAAAAAUUCGCGUCAAAACAUUGUACGAUUGACUUCGCUUAUUCGUUCAAGUGGCGAAUACGAAAAGCUUAUGCAAGGAUGCUUUGAGAAUUACCUUAAAUGUAAAACCGAAGAUUUAAAGUCCAAACUAAGGGCUUGUGAAUAUCUUAAUUUCUAUGAUCAAAUUAGUUCAGCAAUUAAUUCACAUCAUUUUUAUGAAUUGCGCGAAAUUCUUCCAUAUCCGAUUGCCGCGUUCCAUUAUCUAUUUGUAGGAAGUCCUCAGAUUCGUAUUAGAUUUUCUAACCAAGAUUAUGAGAAUAAUGCAAAGAAAAAGGUAACCGAGAAUAUCAUAAUGACAGUAUUGAAUUCAUUACCUCCACAAGUUCGAAGAUUUCAUAACAAAGAAGGUUCUUAUGAAUUGAUUUCAUGCCUAGUAAAAAUGAUUUUACCUAAUAUUGGACCGAUAAAUAAACGCAACAUCAACCAUGAAGAAAGAUCCAAAAUCAAAUAUGUGGCUAAAAUAAUGCAUUCAUUUAAUUUGGAUUUUAUUUUAGAUAAAAAUGCAUCUGGUCAAAACAAUUAUAUUCUUGAUCCACCGAUUGAUAGGCUAUUGCUUUCAUCAAAAGAAAAUCCACGUGUUGAAAUUCGACGAUUAUUAGCAACCGAGUAUCAUCCCUUCUGA